GUCCCUCGAGGCAGUUAUUAAUUAGUCAGUUCUCUUGUGGAUCGAUGGGUGUCGAAGCCAAAUUAUACUCUGCGACGCAGGAUCAUGUCCGAGUAAUGCUGAGGUAGAUGCACUCACUACCUACCUAGGUAGGCAACAACACGACGCUUGCACAAAAAAAAAUUGACCACAAAAGGCAUCAUCCAUAAGCAGACAAAACGAUUAUAUGCCCCUUUCUUCGCACUGAAGAGAUAAGACCAGUCAUGGCUAAGGUAUCUGACCUUCCGAACGAGAUUCUGUAUAAAAUACUGUCCCAUUUCCCCACCCACGGGAGGGAUAUGUAUAACAUAUGUUUAACAUCACGUUUCCUUUAUGCAGCCGCGAUUCCGAUUUACACUCGACGAUGCUCCUUCCGCCGUAAACCCAAAAGAGGAUCUCCAGCCUGUUUUGUCGCCGGAGUACUUCGCCGUCAGAUAAGUGCUUGUAUUCGCGAACUUUGUCUGGAAAACUGGCAAGUCCGACGGUUUCCAUUAGGAGGCUGGUCGUAUCUCACAGACGAAAACACACGACAGUGUCUCUGCCGUGCUGCGGAGGAGUUCCAAUUUCCUAGUGAGAUCACUGGUGAAUGGAAACUGGCACUCGACGAUGCGCUGGAGGACGCAGUCUUCGCGCUGUUGCUCCUUCUUGCAGAUGGACUGGAAAAACUAGUCCUCUCUCUGCCAUUCACUGGCUCCAACCAGACUCCGUGGCUAUUCAGGUUGCUCCGCGUAGCCCAGGAAAUACCUUUGAGUGUCCAGCCUCGUGGACUGCAAAACCUGCACGACGUGCGUCUGGAAAGCUCAAGCAGGCAAAUGUUCUUCGACUUAGACUUGGUCCUGCCUUUAUUUCGGCUGCCAGCACUGCGGACUUUCCGAGCCUCCCAGUGCAUCGGAUCCCGUGCGACAUGCUCAUGGGAAUGGCCGCAGGGUAUAUCGCCUGUCGAAUCGAUAACUUUUAAGAAUAGUCGAUUAGAUGCUGGAUCGAUAAACGUUCUCUUUGGAGCGUGCGGGGGCAUCAAGAAAUUUCGCUUACAUUGGUCUCGCGAGUGGCGUGACAAAAAGACAGACUGGAUAUACGGUGAUUUUGACCACUCCGUGCUUGAAGCAGCACUUCGCAGUCAAGCUGCUUCCCUGGAGAGUUUCGAGUUCAUCGACGAAAGCUACGGCACGUCAGAUCACUAUCGCAGGAACUGCCUUCCGCUAAUGACUGAUGUUUCGCCUUUGCUCUGCCUGAUCGAGCUCCCUUGUCUGAAAUCGGUCAAACUCCCACCGGCGUGGUUGUAGAUCUUAUGUGGGAUACAAACAUUGUCAGGGGGUGAAACUAGGGCAGUUUGUUCAUAUAUCUGAGGCGCGGGAUUUGCUGCAACAUGUGUUCUAUUUGAUGCUAGCAAGGAAUGAGUGGAUUUGUGAAUAGCAGUGGUGACACGGAAUCUAGAGCAGGAAGGUACGGCAAGUGGCUGAACACUUUUCCAGGAGGUGACUAGACAGGUAUUAUUCCAGGCCUAUGUAUGCGUCCAUAGCUACUGCUAUUAUUAUUCAAUUUGGCAGCCAAUCAGUCAAAAUUCUAGCAAAGAACCCCAAUCCUGUAC